CUUCAAAAUCUACCCUGGAAUUAGCAAUUUCUUCAAUUCGCCCCUUAAGGGCUAAAACUCGUAUCCUGUUUCAUGUUUAGCUCAUGUAAACAUGGCUGCUGAGUCACCCAGUUCUGUUCGAAAAGUUGUUGUUCAUUUGAGAGCAACUGGGGAUGCCCCAAUUCUAAAGCAAGCCAAAUUCAAGAUACUUGGAGCUGAUAAAUUUGCUAAAGUUAUUGAUUUUUUACGCCGACAACUGCACCAGGAUACACUGUUUCUGUAUGUCAACAGUGCCUUCUCACCAAGCCCAGAUGAAUUGGUGAUUGACCUGUAUAAUAAUUUUGGUUUUGAUGGUAAACUUGUGGUUAAUUAUGCCUGUUCCAUGGCAUGGGGAUAACUCUCGAUGAUGGAUCUACUGAGAUAAAACUGUCAACUCUCAGAUACUAACUUCUUACUUCCACACGAGCAAGGGAAUGUUGUUGCUGGUAUUAUGAACGUUCUGAUCAAGGAGACGAUUGGAACAGCAGUACACGUGCAUCUAUCAUUUUGUUUUUUCUUCUUUUUUUUUGUUGUUGAUUUCAUUGACUUAUGCAUGUUGUACAUUCCAAUUUGUUUAUAAUUCAAAUAUAGAAAACAUAUCUUGGUUCA